AUGAAGACACUGAUCCCAGCCAACAGUCAGAGCCAGUGGAGCCGGACCAGUGAGUUCAGCAGGAUGAUGCAACACCAGGAGGCGGACCUGGUCACCACCCACGAGCUGGGGCAUAACUUUGGCGCGGAGCAUGACCCCGACAACCUGCCGGCCUGCGCUCCCACGGACGACCAUGGGGGGAAGUUCAUCAUGUACCCCAUCGCUGUGAGCGGGGACCAGAUCAACAACAAGCACUUCUCCAGCUGCAGCAAGACCUCCAUCGGUAAGACGCUGAGCUUCAAGGCUCACGAGUGCUUCAAGGAGCGCAACAGCAAGGUAUGCGGAAACUCACGCGUGGAGGAAGGGGAGGACUGCGACCCGGGGCUGCUGCACCUCAACGACGACCCCUGCUGCACGGCCGAGUGCAAGUUCAAAACCAAUGCGCAGUGCAGUGACAGGAACAGCCCGUGCUGUAGGGCCUGCGUGUUUGAGCAGGCGGGGAAGCGCUGCCAGGAGGCCAUCAGCGCCACCUGUAAGGGCGUGUCCAACUGCACAGGUGAAAGCAGCGAGUGCCCGCCCCCGGAGAAUGCCCCUAACGACACCCAAUGCGUGGACAUGGGCAAGUGCCUCUCCGGGGACUGCAACCCCUUCUGCGAGGCGGUGCAAAACCUGCAGUCCUGCGCCUGCAACGAAACGGAGAACUCGUGUAAAGUGUGCUGCCGGGGGAAAGACGGAACCUGCUCUCCGUUUAUGGAGGCGGACGACAACUUCCUCUACCUGCGCAAGGGCAAGCCCUGCACUGUGGGGUACUGCGACGGGAGUGGAAAGUGCAUAAAGUCAGUGCAGGAUGCGAUCGAGAGGCUUUGGGAUUUCAUCGACAAGCUCGACAUAAACACAUUCGGGAAGUUCCUGGCUGACAACAUCGUGGGCUCCGUGGUCGUCUUCUCUCUCGUCUUCUGGAUCCCCCUCAGUAUUCUUGUUCACUGUGUGGACAAGCGUCUUGACCAGCAGUAUGAGCAGCAUCAGAGCAAGCCCUACCUCUUCCCUCCCAGUAGUCAAGAAAUGCAGAGCGGCCUAGAGGGGGGACACAUGCCCCUCAUCAAACAGCCGCCCUCCUUCUCCGGCGGCCCGACCGCGCCCUGCUUCCAGCCGGGUUCAGACCUGUCCCCGCAGCCCCUGACGGGCCCGGCGGGGGCCUCCCCAUCGGGCAGCAGUGUUACCCCGGGCCCAGGCCCGAGCUCCGGCCUCCCCGGGGGGACCAGGAUGGACACCAUCCAGGAGGACAGCAGCACCGAGUCUCACCCCGGAGAGGAGGGCCCCCCGGGGGACGGGCAGCCCACCGUCGCAGCCUGCUGGUCGGGUACGAAGUCCUCCUGCGAGGAUCCGAUCGCGCGGAGCCCGGGGGGGCGGGAGCGCCGGCCGCUCCACAGGCAGGCCUGCAUUGACACCAAGGAGACGGAGUGCUGAGCCACGCCACACGAGGGAACACCCCCCCCC